GGAAGGAGGAAAGGAACGCGGCCCGCUUCUCGGCUCCGGGGAGGCCGCCGCUUUCGCAUCGCUGGGGCGCAGCUCCCCGCCAUCGCCGACCGGGCUUUUCUGAGGCUUCUCAUUGUUCUCCUCAAAGACGCUCUCCAGCAGCCGCGUAUCUUGUCUUGCUGAUCUUUUAUCGCGAAGACGAGUUAUGUCAACAGCUACCUUAAUUAAUUUGGUACGAAACGGAGGGUACCAAGUGAGGAGGAGAGCCGUGCUGACGUCCCGCCUCUUGCAAGAGGAGAAGCGUCCCACCGCCGCCGCGUCCUACAGCUCCACCUCCGAGCGCCGCGCCUCCCGCUUCGAUUCGGAUGGGAGCGGGCGACCCACCACCUGGGACACCUUUGGCAUCUGGGACAAUCGCAUCGACGAACCCAUCCUCCUCCCACCCAGCAUCAAGUAUGGCAAGCCCAUCCCCAAAGUCAGCCUGGCCAAGGUGGGCUGCGCCAGCCACAUCGGGAAGCGUAAGGAGAACGAAGACCGGUUCGAUUACGCUCAGCUGACGGAGGAUGUGCUGUACUUUGCGGUUUAUGAUGGACAUGGCGGGGCAGCAGCGGCAGACUUCUGUGAUAAGUACAUGGAAAAAUAUAUUAAAGAAUUUCUUGCUCAGGAGGAGAACUUGGAGAAUGUUUUGACCAAAGCUUUUCUAGAAAUAAACAAAGCAUAUGAAAGGCAUGCUAAUCUCUCUGCUGAUGCAAGUCUGAUGAGCUCCGGGACCACUGCAACAGUGGCUCUGCUCCGGGAUGGUAUCGAGCUGGUUGUGGCAAGUGUGGGAGACAGUCGUGCCCUGCUGUGUCGAAAGGGAAAGGCUAUGAAACUCACCAUUGACCAUACUCCAGAAAGAAAGGAGGAGAAAGAAAGGAUUAGGAAGUGCGGUGGCUUCGUUGCCUGGAACAGUCUGGGACAACCUCAUGUGAAUGGUAGACUUGCAAUGACGCGGAGCAUAGGAGAUUUGGAUCUUAAAAACAGUGGUGUGAUAGCCCAGCCAGAAACAAAAAGGGUGAAGUUGCAUCACGCAGACGACAGCUUCCUGGUCCUGACGACAGACGGGAUUAACUUCAUUGUGAACAGCCAGGAGAUCUGUGACUUCAUUAACCAGUGCCACGAUCCUGCUGAGGCUGCCCAUGUUGUCACUGAGCAGGCAAUGCAGUUUGGCACCGAGGACAACAGCACGGUUGUCAUAGUGCCCUUUGGAGCGUGGGGGAAGUACAAAAACAGCGAGAUCAACUUCUCCUUCAGCCGGAGUUUUGCUUCCAGCGGGAGGUGGGCGUGAAGACCUGCCCCCAGCUAUCUUUUCCUGCCACAACCUGGACACUGGCGUGCUACAGGAGAACACAUCCAUCUGUUCAUAGGUUGACUCAGUCUCUUGUCCAUCUCUUCCUGGUGUUCUAGAAGAUGCCACUGUUCCCUCGGUGCAUCGUGCCCCGUCGUUGCUUAUAGCUGUUGCCUUUUGCUGCGUUUAUUUAUUAUUCCAGUUGGCAUUGAGGCAGCUAUUGGGUUGGGUUUGCAGUCCCAGCAGCUCUGCACAUCCCUUAGGCCCCGUUAGAUGAGGCUCUGGGCUUUCACUGAAGGCUGGAGAUGUUGCACAAUUGUCUCCUACCGGCUCGCGUUACCCAGGACCCUUAGUUCCCUGGCAGCUGUGUGAGUCUUGAGUCUCUGAGCCACGUGCUGGGCUUCUUUGUAUGUUCAUCCACGGGGGAACAAAGGCACAGUGUUCUUAGGUAGACCAAAAGCAGGUUUGUUGUCUUCCGGCCAAAACUCCCCUGCGCUUCAGAAGAAGCAGAUGAAAAAUAAGGGAGAAGUUUCCCAAGUGUUUAGGUUCUGAUGCCAGUGGCAUUUAAGCGUAGCUGAACAACUUCCUGAGGCAGUGCUGCUCUGCAGGGCUUUGGGCUCUCACCACCAUCAUCUUCUCAUCCUCUAGCUCCAAGGAGAUGGAGCAGGCUGGAGCCACGUGCCAUUGGACGGGUGGGAAUGUUUCUCCAUGGGGUCCAAAGCCUGUAGGGUCUCUGUGGACCACGCAGCAGCCCUUUGCACUUGCCUUUGGUGUGCCAGUGCUUGACAGGAGCACAGAGGAGGGAAAAAGCUGCAUAUUUUUGAUAGCCAGAGAUUCUCAUCAACUUGAAUUUCUUUCUUUUUUUUUU